GAUUCAUUCUAGUGGUGACUGGCUGUAAGUAGGAGCUAGUGGUUCUCACAUGUCGUGAGUUCCUUCAAAACACUUAAAAAAACAACAACAACACAACAAAAAAACAACGAACUGGCAGGCGUUCAGAAUGGCACAGAGCUUUUUAAUGGAGGUGUGUGUGGACUCCGUGGAGUCUGCUGUGAAUGCUGAGAGAGGAGGUGCAAGUCGGCUUGAACUUUGUUCAAGUCUUCUGGAGGGAGGGCUCACCCCCAGUCUAGGUCUUCUGCACGUUGUAAAGCAGUACAGCAAAAUCCCAGUCUAUGUGAUGAUACGGCCUCGUGGAGGGGACUUCCUUUAUUUGGAUCAGGAGGUGGAGGUGAUGAGGAAAGACAUAGAGCUGAUAAAGAACGAAGGAGCUGAUGGCUUGGUUCUGGGUGCCCUGACAGAAGAUGGACGAGUGGAUGCAGAGCUCUGCAUGGAGCUACUGGCUGCUGCUCGUCCUCUGCCUGUGACCUUCCACCGAGCUUUUGACAUGGUCCACGACCCAGCAGUUGCUCUGGAGACUCUAAUAACUUUAGGGUUCGAGCGCGUGUUGACAAGUGGCUGCGAUAGCUCGGCUUUAGAGGGGCUACAUGUCAUUAAACGCCUCAUUGAUCAAGCCAAAGGAAGAAUAAUUGUUAUGCCAGGAGGGGGCAUCACAGAGCGAAACCUGCAGAGAAUACUAGAAGGGUCAGGAGCCGAAGAGUUUCACUGCUCAGCUCGCUCCAGCCGAGACUCUGCAAUGAAAUUCAGGAACACAUGUGUGACGAUGGGAGCCAUGUUGUCAGCACCCGAGUACGACCUGAAGGUGGCAGAUGUGAGCAAAGUCCGGAGUCUAAACGCAAUAGCCAAAAAUACCUUGUGAUACCUCAAACGUAAUCAGUGAUGUUGACGUUGCAGUUUUUUUUUUCAUUUAUUUUCAUACAUACAUUUAAAC